GCACAAGGGAGCUACCCGCCUCACCAUGGAUCCAAAGGAGGCCAGCGGGAGCGAGAAGGAGAAAGAGAAGGACAAGACGAUAAAAAGGAGGAACCGGCCUGUGUUCCUGCGUUACCUGGAGAGGAGAAAGACGGACACUAUUGUAGCUGAAGACAUGGCCAAAGGUGACAUCAACCUGGGGACGCUGGUGAGGAGGAGUCAGUCUGACAAGACGGAGUACAGCGCUAAACUUAAAGAGAAAAUGACACCUCAUGACCUGUCCACACCCCCGUCUCCGGCCCUGGACCCGGAGGAGGCCCGUUUGAGAAAAAUGAACCGCAGGGCAAAGGUCAUUCAGGAGCUUGUGCAGACUGAAAAAGACUUCCUCACUGACCUGGAGCUGUGCAUCAGGGAGGUGGUCCAACCUCUGAGAAAUCUGCAGGUUGUGGAUGUGGAUCGACUGUUCACCAACAUGGAGACAGUGUGUGAGGUCUCGGCAGCCCUCCUUCACAGACUGCAUGCAGCCAUGGCUGACCCUGAUCCAGAAGCAGUCGUCAUAGGAGAAGUAUUUAUUCAGGCAAAGGCAGCUUUAGAAGAUGUAUAUAAGAUUUACUGUUACCAUCACGACGAUGCUAACAUGUCGCUCAAAUCCUACGAGAAAGAGGAAGAAAUUAAGCAACAUUUUACCACAUGUGUAUUAGCACUGAAGAAAAUCUAUGACCAAGAAGGGAAACCUAAUUUAUUGGAUAUGGGUUCACUGCUCAUCAAACCCGUCCAGAGGAUCAUGAAGUAUCCGUUGCUGCUUGGGGAGCUGUGGCACGCCACACCCGAGGACCAUCCAGACCAUCGGCCGCUGCAGGAGGCGUUUACCGCUGCCAAGAUCAUAAAUGUUAACAUCAAUGAGUUCAAGAGGCGCAAGGACAUAGUUAUGAAGUACAAGAGGUUGGAGGACGAAGGCACACUGAGGGGCAAACUGAACAAGUUCAACAUCCACUCUAUUCGGAAGAAGGGAGACAGGUUUGCUGGUUAUCUCAAGAUCCUCACAGGAGUUGAACCACAGGUGAGAGAUGAAGUAUUUGACAGAGAGGAGAAGCUAUUCAGGAGUCUGGAGAAAGCUGUGAGGCAACUGGUCAAGAAUGUUCACUGCUACCUGCAACACACUCAGGAGAUGGUGUCUGUAGCUGUUCAGAACGUGCAGGACAUGGAGAACAUCGUCAAGGAUCCAAACAAAAAUGGCACAAAUGGUUCAUCGCUUAAUAAUGGCAAUGAUCCCUAUAAGCAUUUUAAAGACAGUAUGGAGCACUUGGUCCUCGCCCCCCUCUCCUCCCUGCAGGGCAUGUUCACAGCCCCACAGAAGCUCAUCCAGAAACGUUAUGACAAAUUACUAGAUUACUGCAGUCGCCUGGAGCGCUCUUCCUCUUUUUCAUCCUCGUCAUCCACAACGUCUUCCACUCCUUCGCUGGUUUCAGUAGACCCACCUGGUCCCGCUAGGAGAGACUACGAAGCUCUCAAUGCUUUGCUAGUGGAGGAGUUGCAGAGGUUCAACAUGGCCGCCUAUACCAUCCUGUCCAACAGCGUGGUGUAUCUAGUGGACCUGCUCAGAGGGCUGAUGAAUAACAUACUGGUUGGCGCUCCAUCCAUACAGCAGCUACCAGCUCCUCUGUCAAACAUUGCUGAAGUGCAGAACAGCAUCAUGGAUGAGCUGAACAAUCUGACUUUCGUCAAGGAUAAUGCACAGAAGUUAAUGGAGCGCAAAGUCAGCUUUGAGAGACAACGAGACAAGAAAACAGCGAUGCCGGAGGUGCAGCAUCAGACGGAGGAACAGCGCACCUGGCUGCUGACAGAAUACCCACUGAGCCGCCUGUACCAGCUGAAGAGGAAGUGUAAUGGCUGCCAGGAGCAGGACCUCAGCCUGCUGGAGGGAGAGCUGGUGGCCCUGCUGGAGGACACAGACCCAUUAGGCAGCAGCAGCCGCUGGCUGGUUCACACUGGAGGUACACAAGGCUACGUCUACUCCACAUUCCUGAAGCAGUACAACCCUCUGAGGGACUCACAGCGAGCAGGCCAGAUGGCGAAAGAGCAGCAACAGCAGCAGCCACCUGCCAUGGUGGAUGAGGACUUUGAUGAUCUGAGUCUGUUCGUGUCGGGAAGUGGCAGCAGCAGCCUGCGCAGCUUCAACCUCAACACCACUGACAGUAGCUCAACGCUGUCCGGUCUACAGGGGGAGCUGGAGAGCGCCGAUGACCUGGAGGACACACUGGACACAGAGGCUCAGCAGUUUUAUGCCGUGUACGCAUUUCAAGCCCGCUGUGACCAAGAGUUGACCUUGCAGGAGUACCAGCAUGUCCGCAUCCUUCAGUUCUGUGACCUGGGAGGCAAUAAGGAAUGGUGGCUAGCUGAGGCUAAUGGACAAAAGGGAUAUGUCCCUGCCAACUACCUUGGCAGGAUGUCCUAUGCAUAAAUAGAGGGCUUCUAUUUAUGUGUAAGGCAUUUAGAAAACAAAAUGCAACAAUGGAGAAAAAAAAACAAAAACUUGUGAUUUUGAGCUUCAAAGUUCACUCUUAAACUUUUCAUCUUACUUUUCAAUCUUAUGUUGGAGCUGAUUUUCCUGACAGUAAAACACAUGUUACAUUUCUGCUUUGUGAAUAUCCAAACUGCACUAAGUAUCACUCGGUGUUAGUGUCAGUUGCCUUACACCAUAAGUAUUGAUGUCAAGUCUGCUUUAACUUCAGGAUCUCAUUAAGAGAGCUGCCCAGUGGGACUUGACCAAUAAUCUGUGAUGAAUAUGGAUACAUAUAUAACAACACAGGGCACUGUGCUGAGCACUUUUGUAUUUCAGUGUUGUCGAGUUUAUAUUGAUAAUGAAGUAAUUCAACGAUGAAGUACAUUUAUAUGUGAAGUGAUUUAUAGAUGAAGUGUGUACUAUAUGUGAAAAGAUUUAUACGCAAAGUAUGUUUUAUGUCCAUUCAAUGAAGAAAUUUAUGUCAUGAUUUACAUUUUUAUCAAUGACAACAUGAAUAAAAAAGAACUUUAUGAUUUUA